AAUCCCUCCAAUUAAGAAUGUUUUUUCUUCAUACUAGUAACGAAAACUAUUCUCUUUUCCUCCUCUCUUCUCUCCACAUAGAAUUCAUUUUCUGCAAGAGUGUCAACCAUGAGUUGUGACAAGACUGAGAAGGUUUGUGACAAGAUUCAGAAGAUCACCAUUAUGGUGCUCAAGCUCAAGGUUGAUCUUCAAUGUUCCUGUAGCUACAAGAAGAUUAAAAAAAUUCUCUGUAAUAUCGAUCAAAUUAGAGACCAGGUAUAUGAUGAGAAGGUCAAUACAGUCACAAUCAAAGUGAUAUGUUGCAGUCCUGAGAAAAUUCGUGACAAAUUGUGUUGUAAAGAAUGUGAAGUGAUCGAGAGCGUUGAAAUCAAAAAGCCUGAUGAGGAAGGGGAUGGUUCCGGUCCCUCAGAAGAACCACCGACAACACCAGAGCCCAUAAAAGUGCUAGUGCCAAUUCAAGUGUACGCACCUAUUCAAGUGAACGUGAACGGACCAAUUCACGUGUACCCACGUUUCUGGAAGGGGCUGCAGAAUGAAGAAUAGGCCACAGGAUGCUCAAUUAUGUAAGGUGGCCCAAUGGCAGCUUGAUUAUUAUGGGUCAUUAUCUGGGCUUAUCAAUGCAUCUUUUGAUUCGGCUCCUCUUAAUGUGGUUUGUCUUUUUCUUCAUAGAUGGAAAAUCAAUGUAUGGUAGCUUUUUUUCUUCUUUGCUUUUUCUUUUGUCAACUAGAAUAAAAGGCGUUAACCAUAUUGUUGGUAAACCCUUGAUUAAUAAAUGCCAUUUUUCGACAUUA